ACUCGCAAUCGAGAAGUCAUUGAUACCACCGGUUAUCUACAGAAGCGACUCAACACCCUGGAUUGUCUGAUAAAGAAGAUAGAGAAGUAUAGAUAUAUUAAGGACAAGUGUUGACAUGGAAACCUACCUGUUGGUGAUCGCUACUGGGCUUAUGUUAGGCGGGUGCUCCUGCAAACCAUCACAGCUAUCAUUUGGAGAUGCUGUCAAGUUUCUUCAAGUCGGGGGGCAGAUAUCGUACGACUUGAAUGUCAGCAAAUGCAGCAACAGUCUGCCCAAGAAGAUCCCAUCCUUCUCGUGGGGGGACAGGGUUGACGACGCCAUCAUCUUUGACGAGGGAAAUGCACAGUUCUCAGUAGAGUUCUCUAUCACCAGGAAGGUCAACGGGAUAAGAUAUAACCUUACAGAUCGCCCUGUAAGGUUCACUCAAAUAUCCGUCAGUGCCGACCAAGUCUUUGUGGAGAUCACGGACGUCAACGAAGAUGCUCCCGCCUUUCUUUCAACCGGCUCUAUUCAGUGUGCAAGUACAGACGGAGGUGUUGUUGUGAACAAGUUGUCCACGCCAAGCGGAGAGGUGACCACCCAGGAUGACCUCAUCAGCCGCCUCCGCAUGGGCUACGCCAUGACCUACGCGUUACAGUGGGAUAAGUGUUCCCCAGAUAACACUACGACCAACCAGUGGUGGUCCGGGAGGAUCUCAGGUUACCGGUUUGGCCACAAUGGCGGCGUCAGCUUCACCCAAGUUGUAGAUAGUGCCCAAAAGGAGUACUUCAUCGAAGUCAGUGUCAUGACGUCCAGUGUCAAGGUGCAGAUGUUCGACAUUGAAAGGUUACAAAGGAAGCAGGGUCCGACAGAAACUAGAAUGUGUGCAUUGGGCCAGAGCUAUCGAGUCUUUACGCACCAAGACGCAUAGUAUCCCACAAACCAUCAAUAAGAUGUUCGACAUUGAAAGGUUACAAAGGAAGCAGGGUCCGACAGAAACUAGAAUGUGUGUGCAUUGGGCCAGAGCUAUCGAGUCUUUACGCAUCAAGACGCAUAGUAUCCCACAAACCAUCAAUAAAAUGUGUCUCUGCUCAG